AUGUUAAGAGAAGUGCUGGUCAUUUGUUUUUCAGCCAUCUUCCCAUUGUUACUUUCAGCCUAUGAGGCUCCUGAGGAUAAGGAGGACAUUUUUGCCAGCAGGCCCUGUCCUGCAUUUCUCGUCUUUGACACCGCUGCCUUCAUAGCCGACAUGACCAUUGAACUUCCUUGUCACUGCAAACCGGAGACUCAUUCAGUGGUAUGGUACUAUCAAAAACAAAUUGGCUCCAUGAACACCAAGGUCCUCACAGACUUUGAAGGCACAACAGUGGUGGAAUCAUCCAAAGUUGGCAGAGGGUCAGAUCUGCACAGUCGCUUUUCCAUCCGUUUGUUUAGCCUUCUCAUCUUCAGGGUCCAGAAAGCUGACUCGGGGCACUAUAUCUGUGGCACGGCCUCUGGUGAAUUCUUCUACGGCUACGACGUUGAUAUCCAGGAGGUCCGUCAAGUUUUAUUUCCCCGGAACGUCAAACAGAGAACUCAAGUACAAGAAGCAGAGCCCGUCAGUAUGAAAACGGAAAUGUUUCAAGUGUUCACCAGCUACUGGUCAUGGUCUAAAUGUGACCGCUGUGACAUCCAGGGGGAGCAGACGCGUAUGGGACUUUGUUAUGUCAAAAGUAUUUACCUCCAUGUACGUUAUCAGCAUGAAUCGGGUGCAGCGGCUUCCUGUGGUUCCUCAGCCGUUCCCCAACAGUUUGGACUUUCAGGCAGUGGCUACGGAGCCGAGCUUGAGGUGAGGAACUGCUACACCAACUGCCCUCCGAAACCUACAACAUCUCCAGAGAGACGAGCUCUGCUGAAGUUCCUCGAGUAUGAUGAUCGAGGUGUCACCAUCCACUUCCACAACCACCCCGCAGACUCUGAUCUGGUCUUGACCUGUCCUGGCGCCAAACCUCAGUACGCUGUGGCCUGGGAUAAAGGCUCAGCACCUCUUUAUCGCUCUCAGUAUUUGGAGGGUUUUAAUAAAACUUCUCGUGUCUUCAUUGACACCGGUCACCACCUGCACUUCAGGCCUGUGCAUCUGGAAGAUAAAGGCUCCUAUUUCUGCUGGCUCCAAGGAGAGCUGGCUGCAGAGAUCAGACUGGGGGUGUAUCUGCGCUUGGGACGUCUGCGUCAAAUCUCUGACCCGGAGUCUGUCUAUGCACUACAAGUUAUACUUGCUUGCUACAUUGGCAUUACAGCUAUGUUUCUCUUGACUGUGUUAGUUAGGUUUAUUUGGCAGAUAAGCAAGGAAGAUAUAUUUGCAGAUAUUAACAGAUCUUGAAUGUGCAGCAAUUAUACUGACGUAUGUUUACUGUGAAGUGCAACGUGAAACUGAAUAAAUAUGCUGCUUAAUGAAUUUUCUGAAGAGUCUUUAAGAAAUGUUUCUGUUCUUUAACAGACUGAGAUGGAGGAUAACUAAAUCACAAUGUACUUUUCUUUUAUUGUGUAAAUGUUUAAAUUACCUGUUAUAUUACAUUGUUUUAUUAUUAGCUUGAAAUACAGAAAUGUAGUAAAAAGAGAGAAACAUUACAUACUGUACAACGAAAAAUUAUAUAUAAUGUUAAUAUAAAAUGCAUGGAUAUAAUGUUUUUGCAUAUAUAUAUAUUUUAAUCUAUGGACACAAAUGGUUUCUUUAAAUUUAAUUUUAGAAUUCCAGAAGUUUUAAAAGCUAAAUAUUCUUUAUUAAACAAAUUAAUUCACAUGACUUUUCCAGUCAUUCAUGAUUUACUGGGUAAGAAUUUUAAAAAAUAUAUUUUUUUGCUCAAUUUCUACACAAUAAAUAUUUUAAAGCUCAGCAUAACUAGGAAUAAAAUAUUUAUUAUUAAAAUGCCU